AGAGAAAGAGAAGGAGGACAAGAAAGAGAGAGAGAAAGAGAAAGAAAAGGAGAAAGAGAAGGCUGACAGGGACCGACCGGGAGUCAGGUUGUCAGAGGGAUUAUUCUGGUGACGAAGGGGCCGUGGAUUUAGAGCUGCUGCUCCUCCUGACCUUACAGCUGAACUGGACUGAGGAAGAGGAGGAGGAGGAGGCACGAUGAAGUACAACAACUACAGCUUUCCCGUGACGCAGCUCACCCCGCGCUACAGCAGCUACAGCAGCUACACCCCCUCCUCCCAGUACGCACUGUCGACGACACACUACACGCCCUCGACACACUACACACCCUCCACGCACUACACACCCUCCACACACUACACACCUUCCUCCCACCUCACCUCCAGCCACUACACACCGACCAGCUACUCCUCUUCCUCCAAAUACCUGACCCCCUCCUCGAGCUACGCCAGCUACACGUCCACGCCGUACAGCUCCUCCUCCCUCUACACGCCCACACACACACACAAGUCUCUGUCCUCGUACUCCUCGUCCCUCUUCACGCCGCCAUCGUCGUCCUACACCAAGCCCCCCCCUCGCCACACCUCCGCGAGGAGGACCUCCGCCACCUCCGCCACCCCCGCCGCCACCGCCCCUGCCGCCCCCGUCGCCCCCCCCGCCGCCCCCGUGGUGGUCAUCAAACCCGCCCGCGCCGUGCGGUUCCCCAACGACAUCAUCUUCCAAGACGUCGUGCGCCAUGGCGACCUGGAGCAGAUUGGGCGGUUCAUGAGGGCGCGCAAGGUGCGGCUGGACAAGUUCUUCCUGUCCGGCAUGGCGGCGCUGCAUGAGGCGGUGCUCUCGGGGAACCUGGAGUGUGUGAAGCUGCUAGUGACGUACGGGGCGGACGUGCACCAGCGGGACGAGGACGGAUGGACACCGCUGCACAUGGCCUGCAGUGACGGCUUCCCAGAGAUCGCAAAGUAUCUGCUGUCGAUGGGCGCCAGCACAGAAGCGGAGAACGGCAACGGAGACAAGCCAGCUGACCUCAUCGACCCCGACAGCAGAGAGCUGCUCGAGCUGUUUGAGGUCGGCUGCGUCUGAAGACCAUCCCUCGCUUUCUCUCUUUCUUUCGCUCCCUCUCUCUGUCA